UUUACCGCAAAAGUAAGGUUUUUGUGACGAGAAUCCAUGAGAGAAACGCGUAUUUUUGCAAAUCCUCGUGUGGAGUGAGUUAAAUAAUCAGUUUAGUGAAUUGGUUUUGAGUGAAAUUAUGAAGAGGCGAAAUGCUGAGAUUGCUAAAAUGAGAAGGCCCAUGAAAAAGAACAAAAUUACAGAAGGAUUUUACGGAAGCACACUCCUUUAUCUGAAGUUUGUAAUCCUCUGGGCCUUAGUUAUCUUGGCAGAUUUCAUAUUAGAGUUCCGUUUCGAGUUCUUAUGGCCAUUCUACCUUCUCCUUCGUUCUGUAUAUGAUUCGUUUAAAUAUCAAGGUUUAGCCUUCUCAAUUUUCUUCGUGUGCAUAGCGCUAACAUCAGACAUGUUGUGCUUCUUCUUCAUACCGGUGCACUGGUUGUUCUUCGCAGCCAGUACAUAUGUAUGGGUACAAUACGUUUGGCACACAGACAGAGGGAUAUGUGCUCCCACGAUAAUACUCUGGAUACUGUUCGUUUAUCUGGAGGCCGCAGUGAGACUGCGCGAUAUAAAACACAUGCCGGGACACCUGGAUCUCUGCAGACCGUUCGCAGCACAUUGCAUAGGGUACCCCGUAGUGACGCUGGGCUUCGGUUUUAAGUCCUAUGUGGGGUAUAGGAUGCGACAGCGCAAGCAGCAAGUCGUAGCAAAGGAGAAUCAGUUUUAUAUGCAACUGAUGCAACAAGCGUUGCCCGUAGAGACUACCCCUCCAAUAGAACAGACUGAAGCUCCAGCGAACGCUAUUGUUCCUGCACAGCCUGUACAAAAUAAUAAUAAAAUUCAUAGUAACAGACAAUCCCAUGAGAAAAAUGGACACAUCCCCAAUGGGACGAUAGCCAACGGGGUCCAUAACACACAUGGCACAAAAUCGCACCAUAGAAAGUCCGUUGAUAAGUGUAAAGAUCACGGUGAUCAACAUGAUCACAAGCACACAGAGAGACACAUAGACAAACAGAAAGUGAGUCAUUCACACAGCAACGGGUCCGCGAUAGGUGCCGGCAUGGAAGACACGGCACCGCAGGAGCCCGAGCCCAAGCCAACCAGAAAGCGGGAGAAGAAAGAACAGGACAAAGAACGCGAAGCUGCGGAAUAUUUGCAAAGGUUGGAAACUGAUGCUAAGAAGCUUAGAACUGAUCUCCAAAGCAGUAGAGCAAGCGAACAAGAGUUAAGGCUGCAGGUUGCCUCGCUGACAACAACCGAAAAAGUUUCAAAAGGAGAGCUCUCUGCCAUGCAGAGGGAAAUAGAGGAGCUACAGCAACGGCUGCAGAGCGCCUUAAGUACAAAAUCCUUAGACAAACAAAGUAUAAGUAAUUUAGAGAGACGUUUAGUAGAAGAGAGGCGACUGAGAUCUAACAUAGAGUCACAGUUAAGCCAGGAGAGAAAGAACCGUAAAGAAGACGCAAGAGCAGCUCAGGUUGCAGCACAGCAAUCGUCAAGGGGCGAAUGUACAGAAGCAUGCAAAUCGAGAAGAAGGGAGCUCGAAGCUGAACUCGCCGACAUGCGCUCAGCAAAGCACUGGCAAGAGGAACGACUCCAAGCAUUAGAGAGGGAAAACGCUGCGUUCGUAGAACAGUUGCGUGACACAGACAUACUCAUGUCUGCCUUAUCGGCAAUGCAAGAGAAAAAUUCCCACUUGGAGAACUCGUUAUCUGCAGAAAAUCGCAUUAAACUCGAUCUAUUCAGUGCCCUCGGAGAGGCUAAAAGGCAACUAGAGCUUAAAGAGAAUGCCAACAGAGCUCAAGAAAAAGAAAUCGAAGAGCUGAAAGGCAAAAUUGCACAGGUUCUAGCUGUGAUGCCGAACGAUACCUUUGGUGGUCCAACAUCCUCCAGCAAUAUCUCUAGAGUACGAUUGGCCGAAAGUCCACCAUCCAACCUCGACCCCAAUGCGACGGCCUACACUCCUAAAAGCUCCCUGAUUGCUUCCACGGAAGCCUAGUUUGCCCCCGUACUUAGCCCCCCACCCCCGGUAUCGUCCGCUGAUGCUGUUUUUGUUACAUUUAUAUCGGUGUUAUUCUCCUUUUUCAUUGGAUUUAUUCAUGUAAAUUUCAUAUUUCUGUUCACAAGAGAAAUAAAUGUUUGAUUUCAAGGUGUAAGUACUGCAAUUUUUAAAUUAUACGGAGUGUUUGGAAACUGGGAGCAAAAAAUUAGGUGGUUAUUCUACUCAUAAAAAUAUUGGUGGAAGAUCUUAUGCCACUUCUUCAAAGACAAUGUUUUGCCAUAAGUUUUUCUUCAGUCAAGCGAUUUUUUUCAAAUUUGGUGCGCUUGUCUAUAACAUACUGGACCAAUGGAAAAAAAUUCUAACUUCUUAAAGGGCUUAAAUGGACAUUAUUAGCCAGAAAAUUGAUUUUAACUUCUUUAUUUGCAGUUAUUUAAUUAUUAAACAGGUUUAUGUCAAAGACAGGUAAAAAAUUUCUCGGAAUAUUGAUCUUGUUUUGUUGAUAACAACCGUUUCCGAGGAGAAAUCGUAUUUAAUAUUUUGAGGCGACCGAUUAAAAAAAAACUUGUUUUUUUGAAGAUUUGAACACAAAGAAAUUGUUUUAAACGGUUUUACUUUAGAGGUUGGAAAAAAAUGUGAUUUUCGGGAAUUUUCAAGGAACAAUCGAUACAAGAUAUGUCGUCGGGUACAAAAAAGCUUUAUUGUACAUCUUUUCAGGUAGUAUUGUGAAUUUUUUCAAACAAUUUGAAAGCAACGACACCUUUUAUUCAGAGGGCUGUAUUGCCGGAAGCGUUUCUUAUUAACGGUUGGUCUUGGAACAAAAAAACAAAAAAUUUCUGACAUACUAAAAACUAGGGAGCAUUGAAGGGAAAUUAAAAAUAAUAAUUGCUGAUUUAGUGAACAUUCAAAAAAAAGUAUCGAGAAAAGGUGAAAAAUUACGAUGCUGCCCGAGUUAUAUAGCUCUUGUACUAAAUUUCAAGUCGAUUCGUUGAAAACUUUUUGGGUAUGUUUCUGGCCAGUUAAAAAAAGGUGGUUUUUCGAAAAACACUUUUAAAGUUUUCGUUGUCAUUCAAUAUAAGAAAUUUUGUUAUAAGUAUACCUUCAAUCAGCGACACCUGCAUAUAAUUGGCCUUCUGUAUUGACAUUUUCUUCAUCCUCUUAGGUUUUAUCUCCGACUCAGUCUGGCCUCAAUAGCUAAUUAUCGGGUGCAUUCACGAGUUACAAUAAGCACUCCUGCAACGUGCUGCGAGUGGUUCCGCUUAACCUCGAAAAAACUUGUGUUACCGAUUUUUCCGCCACCUAAAACUUUUUUCCUUUAUUCUUCACAUUUAAACCAUUUAUCCAAAAAUUGAAAUUUUUUCCAAAAUUUUAGAAUGGCUUUCUUUAUCCCUUAAUUACCUUGAAUGAUUUUAGUAAAAUAAAAUCUCAAACACUAAAAUUUCCAGAAGUUGAACAGAAAAUGCAGUCUCAAAAUAUAAGUAGGUAUUAUAGAUUUGAACUUUAGUGUUCGAUCAAUUUUCUAUAUAAUAAUAGCCAAUUAAGCUUUCUAGGAAUUUAUAAUUUAGAUGAUUUUUUUAGGUGCAUACCAGAUUUGAAAAACUUGAAUGAAAAAAAAUUAUGGCGAAAUUUAAAAAAAAAAACUCCAACACUAUUAAUAUUUAAAAAUUUCAAAAGAGUGUCAGGAACUCGUACCAUUAUUUUUUAUGAGCAGAAUCUCCCUCUAAAAUUUUUAGUUCCAUGAUUUUUAGUUCCUAUAUUUGGUAUUCUCUGUUUUGCAUUUUUUUUUCCAAAAACAACUGUUUAGGCCAGGAAAAUAAGCUGUGAAAUGACCAUUCCGCGACUUUUUUUUCGUCAAGCCGAAUUUAUCACUAAGAUGCUAAAUAUUAUAUACAAUAACAUAUUAGUUUCCACAGUCAUAAAAAGCUUUUUUUCCAUUCAUU